AUGAAUUCGUUUGAGAUUAAUCCUCGGGUUGCGGCGGGUGCGAAAGUUGAGCCUGGUCAUGAGUCAUCCAAUUUUGCAAAUCGACUUAAGUUUAUGAGACGAAUAAGAAAGUCCGACAAACGUCGCCCUAACACAAUAUCAAUCCAUUCAAACAUCGCUACGGAUACAUUUUUGAAAGAAAACGAUUUGUAUUUCGAUAUCUUAGAGAGCAGAUCAACGGGAUUCCAAGAAAAGUUUACCAAAAGUCUAACUGAUGAGAACGAUGCUUUGCGGAACAAGAAUAUAAUGUUAAGGUACCAAGUAGAACUCUUCUCUGAACAACUGAGUGACCUCCGUGACGUGAAUAUGGACUUAAGGAAUCAAAAUAGUCGUAUCAGGGAGGAAAAUAGCAUUCUCCGAAACGAGCAGACGCAGUUGUCUGCAAGGAAUGACUGUUUGGUGGAGCAGAUAAUUGUGCUUCAAAAAAUGCUGGAAGAUAUGGGUGUCUCCGUGGAUGAUACAAGUGGGUACCAUUUGGAGGAAGUCGAUGCAACGGAAACGCCAGGUGACGAUGUGGAUGGUGACGAUGCUAUGAUUGGCGGUAUGGCUAACACACGCCGCUCUUGUACUUCUCAGAUUGAUGUGUUGCCCAUCAAGAUCUGUCAGAUGUCAUCUGCUGUGUAUCAUUAA